CGCUGCGCACCGUGCGCAGCGGCAGUCUUUCUCAAUCGGCUGCUGCUGUCUCUCGACCUAAAGAGUACUGCAGACCCUGCUGCUGCAGAAGCAGCAGCAGCAAAAGCAGCAAAAGCAGCAGCAGGGCGGCAGCAGCGGCAUUCUUCGGCAGGUGCAUCCUUGGCUCCUUUGGCCUCAAUGCUUAUCCAGCUGCAGCAUCAGAAAAAGGAGUUGGGCAAGGCAUCGGAGGACGCUACUGCUGCCGCCGCUGCGGCAGCUUCUCUGUGUGUGGCCAGAGCACCACCCCCCUCUGCAGCAGCAGCAGUAGCAGCAGCAGAAAUUACAGAGGAAGGAGCCAUAGAUAUGCGUCCUCUGUUGCCGGGCGCAGCAGGGGCAGCACCGAAGGGCUUCAUUGGGGUGUACCGACAGCUCGCGCGGUCUCCCUACGUUGCCUUAUCGCCUUCCCUCUGGCUGUUGCGGUGUCUCGCCCCCCAUCUGCAGUUACCCCGCAGCAACAGCAGCAACAGCAGCAGCAGCAGCAGCGUAGCUCUACUGGCAGCAACUCUCCGGAAAGUUGUCUUGGGGAGGGCGGCUGGGAAGUGGUCUUUAGGCGUUGUGGCGGAUCUGCAACAACUCAUCGUCUACGGCUUCCGCUCAAACCCCAGAGAGAUUGCGGGAGCUCUAAGGGCGGUGAUGGAGGAGACCAAAGAUCUCGGAGUUGCCUUGGAUUUCAUUUGCUUGGGAGAUAUUCUUCGGCUCCAAGGGCCUCUGCAACACUUGCUGCGACCCCUUUGGGUGUCUCUCUGCGCGGGCGGAGCCGAGGAACUGGACAAGACUAUCAAGGAGAGGAAGCAACGGAUGUACAGAAAGCAUGUGCAUCAGCUGGUGCAAGCGGCCCUCGAGUGCUGCCCACUCUUGGAGAGGCAGCAGCAGCAAGAGCAGCCGGAAUAUGUUGGGCUUGACGGCAGAUUUAGCAGCUUCAGCAGCGGCGAGACGGAACAGGCAGACACCACCGAAGCGGAGGCCUUCCUCGAGCCGCGCGAGCUGCAUCAGCUGCAGUGGCUGCGACAGCAGCAAACCCUUUUGCCGGGGGCUGUCGCUGCAGCAGAAGCAGCAUCAGGAGCCGUCCCCUCCCCCUCCGCAGCAGCAGCAGCAGCAGCGGCAGCAGCGGAUGGCUUGCCCGUAGGUUGGGAAUUGUUGGGACUGACUGCGGCAGAAGCUGCAGCUACUGUCCUGCAACAGUUGCAGCAGCAGCAGCAACUCCUUCUGAGCGUGGGGGGCGAACGGAGACUGCUCGCAGACGCAGUCAAAGAAAAGAAUGACAGACCUCGCAUAGAGUUGCUGCGAAUUGCCACAGAGCUGCGAGGCCUUGGGGGCGGCGAUUUUUCUGAUGCAUUUGGACCCUCCGAGCCGUUUGCGCUACCAAAGGAGACAGCCGUCUCAAAGAUUGCAGACGCCUUCUCGGACACGAUACGCGGCGUCAUGAAUGAUCUUAAGAUGAAGAAUCUGCCGGCUGACGCGGUGCCCCCAAUGCCAGAGCCCGACUCACAAAAGGCAGCCGAGUUUGAAGAAUUUAAAGAGAACACAAAACGCGAGUUAGAAAGCAGCUGGAAUGCCUUCUUCGACGACUUUCUAAGAAGACAGCAGCGCCACGACGAGGAUUCCGCGCAGAAGGAGGCUCACCAGCAGCACGAGCCCGCGUCCAUGGUCUACUCUCCAGAGGCUGUCGCUGCGGGUUUGCCGGAGAGACACGCUGAAAAAGGGAGGCAGCGAGUGAUCAAGCUGCUGCAAGAAAUGGAGUACUGGAAAAUGCGAUUGCGGCAGCAGCGGCAGGUUGAGCUGUCGCAGCAGCAGCCAGUCGCCGCUGCGGCCGAGGGAACAAGCGAACCCCCGUCCGAAGAAGCUGCCGACGAUAAUGCAAGCAGCGGCACCAACAGCAGCAGGUUGCAUGCGUUGUUGGACGCUGGCUUUUCAGUUGUCAUAAAGACACCGUAUUCAGCAAAGGACCUCCUCAGAGAAAAAAUGGGUGCGCAACAUGAGCAGCAGCAGCAAGAGCAGCACACCCGCCAGCAACAACAACAGCAGCUGCUGACCACCCCCUUCGAAAAUUCUUCUCGUCGAGCUCAAAAGCUGCAGGCCGGCGGCGAAGUCGCUGCUGCCUCUACUCGCUUGUGCUUUUUUGCAAGGGCUGCUCGUGAUGUCUCCACCGUUCUUCGAGUUGCGGCGGGUGGGUGCUUUUGUGCUAGUUGUCAUUGCAAAGGCAGGAGUGAUGUUGAGCGCCCUGCAAGGCAGCACAAUAAAAUCAGUGAUACUGCUAGCCUCACCCAGCCUUUUGCCACUGCUGCCUUGCCUGUUGAAGCCUCAAAUGCUGUCCUAUAG